AGCUGAUUUGAUCCAGUUGAUUUCUGAUGUGAGGUAAAUGACAGAAGCAGGCCGCAAGAAAACACUAGCAUGCACUACGACUUGAAAUUUAUGGACAUGUCAGGAUGAAACGACUCAGAACUUCAAGUAGCAGUGACAGUUCAGACAAUGAGCGUCCCUCCACCUCUUUCUCUAAGAACAAUUAUGGAAGUAAAACCGGAACCCCUUCCUCGGCGCAGAAAAAGCCAGCUGAGGUGUUUAGAAAAGACCUGAUCAGUGCUAUGAAGCUGCCUGACUCGCAUCACAUCUCUACUGAAGAGUACUACCUGCUGGCUGACACAUGGAGGCAAGAAUGGGAGAAAGGGGUGCAGGUCCUAGCCAGCCCAGAUACCAUUCCCCAUUCCUCUGUCAGAGUAAUGGUGGAGAAGCCAAAGGAGAUUCUUUUCUCCAGGCCGAGGAAGUACAUCCAGUGCUGGAGUCAGGAUUGUACAGAGACAGGUUAUGUAAACAUUAAAGAGCUGGCAGAAGCCAUGUGCAGAUACGACCUGGAUGACAUGGACCUGUACUGGCUUAAGCAGCUCAACCUAGAGCUGCUUCAGAUGGGAGAAGGAACGCUGGAUGAGUUAACUAUGGAGCGAGUGAUGGAGUCGCUUGAAAGAAGGUGCCAUGACAGCAUGAACCACGCUAUCGAGACGGAAGAAGGGCUGGGCAUUGAGUAUGACGAGGACGUCAUUUGUGACGUGUGUCGCUCGCCUGACAGUGAGGAGGGAAACGACAUGGUUUUCUGUGACAAGUGCAAUAUAUGUGUACACCAGGCUUGCUAUGGCAUCGUGAAGGUUCCAGAUGGAAACUGGCUUUGCAGAACAUGUGUGCUUGGCAUCAACCCCCAGUGCGUUCUGUGUCCAAAAAGAGGAGGCGCAAUGAAGGCUACACGAGCGGGCACGAAGUGGGCACACGUAAGCUGUGCCCUCUGGAUACCUGAGGUGAGCAUCGCAUGCCCAGAGAGGAUGGAGCCCAUCACCAAACUGUCACACAUUCCACCCAGCCGCUGGUCUCUUAUCUGUAGCCUCUGCAAGCUCAAAACUGGGGCCUGCAUACAGUGUUCAGUGAAGAACUGCACGGUUCCUUUUCACGUCACCUGUGCCUUCGAGCACAGCCUGGAGAUGAAGACUGUCCUGGAUGAGGGCGAUGAAGUAAAAUUUAAAUCCUACUGUCUGAAGCACAGCAAGACCAAAACUGGUGAGUCUGGCCUAAGCCCUGCCAGACACAAACCACCCACAGAGACUGAGAAGGUAGGCCUGAGAGCACAGAAGCUCCAGGAGCUGGAGGAGGAGUUUUACAAGUUGGUGCAGCCUGAAGAGUUAGCUCAAGAGCUCGGGCUGUCCCUACAACUCCUAGACUUUAUUUACCAGUACUGGAAACUCAAGAGGAAAAGCAGCUUUAACAAAGCCCUGUUACCGCCCAAAGAGGACGAGGAAAACAUGCUUCUACAGCCGCAGGAGGACAGCAUCCACACACGCAUGCGCAUGUUCAUGCACCUGCGCCAGGACCUGGAAAGGGUGAGGAACUUGUGCUACAUGGUGAGUCGGAGAGAAAAGCUGAAACUGUCUCAGAGUAAAGCUCAGGAGCAGAUCUUCAACCUUCAUGUCAAACUGAUAAACCAAGAACUGGCAGCAGAACUGCCAGUGUCCUCAAAUUUGGAGAACUUGCAAUUCCGGACUCCUCCCAGGAUAACCCUUAAACUCAAAAUGCCCAAGGUUUCUCAUGGCAGCAGCAAAGCCAGCAGCAAAACCGGGAAUGGCCCGCUGGGCCCGGAUAACAGCAGUAAUGUGUAUGACAUAAGCAAAGUGGGCAUUGGGCAAGGAAAGCCUCUGCUCCAGCACAGCCUUCCACGUGGUGAGGAGCGGCCCAAUGGCAUCAUUCCCAUCUCCAAACCAACAGGCAAGCCUUUGGCGCUACAGGCUGCACUUCAUGGUCACACAUCUAAUGGGAAAGCCAAGCCUGAGCAGGAAAGGUCCCAUCAGGUGAAGUCCAGCAAGCCUGAGCAGGAAAUGUCCCAUCAGGUGAAGUUUAGCAAGGCUGAGCAAGACAGAUCCCCUUUGCUUAAAUCCAUCAAGCCUGAGCAGGACAGAUCAUUACUGCUGAAGUCCAGCAAGCUAGAGCAGGACAAAACCCACCUGCUAAAGUCCAACAAACUAGAACAGGACAGAUCUCAUCUGCUGAAGUCCAGCAAGCUAGAGCAGGACAGAUCUCACCUUCUAAAGCCCAAUGGCAUCAUGGAAAAGCCUGUGGUGCAAAGGAACACUUCUUAUCUGUCGUCUCCUGAACAUGGAAUACGCAUUGAGAACUCUGGGAAAGGGCAGCCGGGGAGCUUCCAUAAAUCCACAAUGGAGCACUUUGGCAGGACUUUCAAAGAGGCCACCGUCAGCUUGGUACGGACCAGUGCUGACCACUGGAACACGGACAAGACUGCUCACAAAACUGUAAGCAAAGAAAGGCUGAACUGCACCAAAGCAGUAAGCGGAGAGCGGACACCAAAGAUUGCCAAACAAUACCAGGAGACCGACGGCUACUGUCCUGACCUGGAGCUCAGUGAUUCUGAACCUGAGGCCAGAGGCAAGCGACAAAGGGUGGGAAGAGGGACAAGCGAGAGGAGCCCAGCUGGUGGGUUUGGGCGUGGGGGAACUCGUGUCAGUGUAUCUUUAGGUUCCAGGACUGCAGUACAAAGGUGACGAGUCUGAAACUCCCACCAAUACCCUCUGCUACAGGUCAUCUGUAGCAAUCUCUGGUGCUGCCACACUCAGAGGAUACUCUGUAGGACAGUCUGCGAUUGCACAGGUCGCUACAACAAGCCAGCACAGAAUAAGAGCCCAACACUGCUGAGUGCAGGGAGCAGGCUUUCCAUUGUAUUGGGACUACAGGUGUUCAGACGCAACGACACAACGUCUAAGAGAUUAGACAAGCCUUUUAGCAGUGUUUUGUAUAUACUGGUUGAGAAAGAGAACCUCAGCUUUUAGGUUGUAUAUAGUAGCUUGUAUCAAGGGUUGUAAAAUUUAUUUGUUGGCUUCUACAUGUUGGCAUUCUCAAAUAUGAUGGUUAUGCAAAAAAAUAAAGGCAUAAGACUUC